UUUCAAUCGCCGGAAUAGGUCGCCUUGCCGCACGUAUCGAUUGAAUUGAAGUGAGUGUGUAAGUUGUGUGUUUAGGCAGAACUUUUGCAAACUCCAGCUUCCGUUCAUCGUAAAACAGAGAAAUGUUCCGCUUGCCAACAGUGUUGCGUGUUGCCGCCGCCCGGCAGGUCGCCGCUAGCCGCGGCUACGCCAAGGAUGUUCGCUUCGGGGCGGAAGUGCGUGCCCUUAUGCUGCAGGGUGUGGAUGUGCUCGCCGAUGCCGUCGCCGUUACCAUGGGACCGAAGGGUCGCAAUGUCAUCUUGGAACAAAGCUGGGGCUCCCCAAAGAUCACCAAGGAUGGCGUGACGGUUGCCAAGGGUAUUGAGCUGAAGGAUAAGUUCCAGAACAUCGGCGCCAAACUGGUGCAGGACGUGGCGAACAACACGAACGAGGAGGCAGGCGAUGGAACUACCACCGCCACCGUUCUGGCCCGAGCAAUCGCCAAGGAGGGCUUCGAGAAGAUUUCGAAGGGUGCCAACCCUAUUGAGAUCCGCCGGGGUGUGAUGCUGGCAGUCGACACUGUCAAGGAUCACCUGAAGACGAUGUCCCGCAAGGUCAACACGCCGGAAGAGAUUGCCCAGGUGGCAACGAUCUCGGCCAACGGUGAUCGCGCGAUCGGAGAUCUCAUCAGCGAAGCGAUGAAGCGCGUCGGCAAGGAGGGUGUGAUCACGGUCAAGGAUGGCAAGACGCUGAACGACGAGCUGGAGGUGAUCGAGGGAAUGAAGUUUGACCGGGGAUACAUUUCGCCGUACUUCAUCAACUCGAGCAAGGGAGCGAAAGUAGAGUUCCAGGAUGCGCUCGUGCUGUUCUCCGAGAAGAAGAUUUCGACCGUGCAGUCGAUCAUUCCGGCGCUCGAGAUGGCCAACCAGCAGCGCAAACCGCUCGUCAUCAUCGCGGAAGAUGUGGACGGUGAGGCACUGAGCACGCUGGUCGUGAACCGUCUCAAGAUCGGGCUGCAGGUGGCCGCCGUGAAGGCACCCGGAUUCGGUGACAAUCGCAAAUCUACCCUAUCCGAUAUGGCCAUCAGCACCGGUGGCAUUGUGUUCGGUGACGAUGCGAACCUGGUGAAGCUGGAGGAUGUGCAGCUGUCCGAUCUGGGACAGGUCGGUGAAAUUACCAUCACCAAGGACGAUUGCCUGCUGCUGAAGGGCCGUGGCAAGCAGGAGGAUGUGAACCGUCGCGCGGAACAGAUCCGUGAUCAGAUCGCCGAAACGACGUCCGAAUACGAGAAGGAGAAACUGCAGGAGCGUCUGGCUCGGCUCUCGUCCGGAGUGGCCGUGCUGAAGGUGGGCGGUUCGAGCGAGGUUGAGGUGAACGAGAAGAAGGACCGCGUGAACGAUGCGCUCUGUGCGACGCGUGCUGCCGUCGAGGAGGGAAUCGUGCCCGGUGGUGGUACCGCACUCAUCCGUUGUGACUCCGCCCUGGCAAACCUGAAGGGUGCCAAUGCGGAUCAGACCACCGGUAUCGAGAUCGUGCGCAAGGCUCUACGUAUGCCCUGCACGCAGAUUGCCAAGAACGCCGGCGUCGAUGGGUCGGUGGUUGUCGCGAAGGUUGAGAUGCUUGAGGGAGACCACGGUUAUGACGCAAUGAACAACGAGUACGUCAACAUGAUUGAGAAGGGUAUCAUCGACCCGACCAAGGUCGUCCGGACGGCGCUGUCCGAUGCGGCCGGUGUGGCUUCCCUGCUGACCACCGCUGAGGCGGUCGUGACGGAGAUCCCCAAGGAGGAACCGGCUGGUCCGAUGGGCGGUAUGGGUGGUAUGGGUGGAAUGGGAGGAAUGGGUGGUAUGGGUGGAAUGAUGUAAGCACCUAUGCGCCGCUUCCCGAUUGCCAAUCGUUUAAGUUCUUAGCUGCUUUUGAUGCUCCUUUUGGAAGAUUGCAAGGGCGUUUCUGGUCCGAUGAAUAAGUCCUAGCAAACUCAACCAACCGGAUCAGGAACACACGGCUCACUCUCUCUUCCCUAAGGACCUUCAGAGCUCGGCGGCUGAAUUCAAUGCAUUUAUUAUUUCAUGAAGCAUUUUCCAACAGCAAACACACAAAACUCCGGCGUUAAAGCAAUGGAGUUGAAGCACUCCACAACUUUUGAAGUUGCAGGCAGCGAAAAUUAUAUCUUACUAUAACUUGUUUUAAAUUAAAACGCCAUCGUGUGGUCAUAAGUCGAACGGUCGAACGAACAAUCUUAGAACGAUAAGAACGCAAUGAAGAAUCAAAGGCGGUAGAUUUCCAUCGUUAAUGGACAGCAACAUAGCAAAACAGUUAGUCAGUAAUCCAAAUGUAGCUAAGCGCUAAGAAAAAAGCAAACAAUACGACAACCAAGGGGAGAUGUCACCAGUUUGUCCUAUAAGCCGCCAUCCGGGUGCGGUCUUUAGUUGUUAAGAGAGAUGAUUAUAUCAUAACCACCAGCUCCUUCGAAUCCGUAGUUGAACUAAUGGUAGUAGUUUGUUGCGUGCAGGAAAACGUGUUAAAAAGGGCUGGCGUUUUAGAAUGUAGGCAUGAUUGUGCGAGUUGUUUGAGUAGUCGGAUAGGACGGUAUGCGUUUGAAGCAGGCAGUAGAUGAUUAGUAGAGAUGUAGAGAUUGUCUUAUCUUUUCUUUCGUCUUCAAUGUUUUGGUUUGUAUAAGGGCAUUCUUUAGUUUAUUUCUCACAUAUUGUGAAGAAGGUUACAGCUGCCUACAAGUAUGGGCUGCGCACAAGUUUCAUUUAAUAUGCAUUUUUCUCCUCAGUACAGUUUCAGUAAGGAUUAAGCUAAGGGGUCCUCUAUCUUGACAAAAGUAACAUACACGACAUUUAUCCUGACGCUGGACGGCGUGUUCCUCGGAGAAAGAUCCUCACAGAUAUGCUUGAAUUUCAAGGCGAAGGGCAAGAGACAUCACCAUUCAGACAUGAAACGAGCGUAUUGCCCAUUAAUCUGUAAAAAGAAAGCAAAAUCAUUUAGAUCAGUAAGGCUCGUUGAAGUCUUAUAACAACCCGAUGGAAGAAAGUAACAAAGACAAAACAAAACCAUUAAAUCUGUAUUGUUGUAAAUCUUUAAUUAGCAAAUCGUCCGGGUUUCCGUGCCCAACACAAUGGUCUGGGAAAGAUGAUUCGAUUGUUGUAAUUAUUUGUUUCGGAAGUUUUUCGCCUGAUCUGUUGGUGCUUGAGUGACCUGGGGCAAAUGCUUCCCUGCGCAGUCUAAUCUUAUAGCAACAGGGAAUGAUACCACGGAAUAAACAAAGAUUUUCGUA